AUGAAUUACACUCCUUUAGAUCCUAAUCACAUGCAACAGCAGGCGGCCACUGUGCUGUGCUGCAACUGUGGUGUGCCUAUGGACGGGUCCAGCGGCUUGGUGAUGUGCUAUGACUGUAUCAAGAUGACUGUCGACAUCACGGAGGGAAUUCCGCGGGAGGCGAACGUGUCAUUUUGCAGGAACUGUGAGCGUUUUUUGCAGCCGCCAGGCCAGUGGAUCAGGGCGGAGCUAGAAUCGCGCGAGCUGCUCGCGUUGUGUCUGCGCCGCCUAAAGGGCCUGAACAAAGUCAGGCUAGUGGAUGCAUCGUUCAUAUGGACAGAGCCUCAUUCGAGGCGUAUCAAAGUAAAGCUGACCGUGCAGGGUGAAGCGAUGACCAACACGAUCAUACAGCAGACCUUCGAGGUGGAGUACGUGGUUGUGGCGAUGCAGUGUGCGGAUUGUGCAAGGUCGUACACUACAAACACAUGGAGGGCCAGCGUGCAGAUUAGACAGAAGGUGCCACACAAGAGAACCUUCCUGUACUUGGAGCAGCUGAUUUUGAAGCACAACGCACAUGUGGACACUAUCUCUAUUUCUGAGGCUAAGGACGGUCUAGAUUUCUACUACAGUCAAAAAAACCAUGCAGUUAAGAUGCUGGACUUUCUGAACGCAGUUGUCCCGGUCAAGGCAAAGAAAUCCGAGGAGUUGAUAUCUCAGGACACACACACCGGUGCAUCCACAUACAAGUUCACCUACUCCGUUGAGCUUGCUCCAAUAUGUAGGGACGAUCUGGUAGUUUUGCCCAAGAAACUCGCGCACAAUGUUGGUAAUAUCACACAGUUUGUGCUGUGUUCCAAGGUCAGCAAUACCCUACAGUUUCUCGACCCAACCACGCUACAGACGGCUGACGUUCCAGCGUCUGUAUACUGGAGGACCCCAUUUAACAACUUGGCAGACGUUUCGCAACUCAUCGAGUUUAUUGUGCUAGAUGUUGAACCAACGGGCGACGUGCGCGGCAGGUGGGUAUUGGCCGAUGUUACAGUGGCAAGAGCAUCUGACCUGGGCGUUAACGACCAGGUUUACUAUGUUCGCUCCCAUCUGGGCGCCAUUUGUCACCCUGGAGACAGCGUAAUGGGUUAUUACAUUGCCAACUCCAACUAUAACUCUGAUCUUUUUGACACGCUAAACUUCGACCGUGUUCCUGAUGUUGUUCUUGUGAAGAAACUCUACCAGAGGAAGACCCGGAAGAACAGAAACUGGAAGUUGAAGAGAAUGGCGAAGGAGCAUAAAGACAUUGAUGCAUCGCAGGACUACUCCUCAAGGCAGCAGAAGGUUGAUCAAGAACGCGCUGAAAGAGACUACGAACUGUUCUUGCAGGAGUUGGAAGAAGACCAGGAAAUGAGGCAAGCUAUCAACCUUUACAAGAACAGCAAGCCUGUAGAUAGCGAAGAAAUGCAAGAGACUGACGACGAGGCUCCACAGAUCGAUAUAGACGAGCUGCUAGAUGAACUGGACGAAAUGAAUCUAGACGAUCCUGUUGAAGAGCAGGGAGAAGCAUGA